AUGGAAUCUCGUGUAAAGAUGGAAAUCAAAAUCUACUUGAUUCUCGUGACGCUGCCACUCUUGUUUGGCUUGCCAUGUGAAAACGAAACUAUGGGUAUAUAUAAAAAUUUCACAAAACUCAACGUGCUCCUAGAGCGAAACUUUCAAAGAGUUGCGUGCCGUGGAAUAUAUUUUGAAAUUGAGUGCAGUAAAAUAGUAUUGGCUCGUAUGAAUCUCAAAAGUUUGUAUGAAGGAAGAUUCUUCAGAAGAUACUACAACUAUGAGUACCUCUUGGAUCGAAGCAGAAGGCAAAAAAGUAGAAGGAUGCGUGCCUUUUUGAUGGCGAGAAAGCACAAAAGGACGAUGUUUCGAAAGUUAAAGUAUUGGAGGCCCGGUAAGGUAAGAUUCGGUUGCGCCUCGCACAAGGGUAAACUACCAAGAAGGAGGCCCAUUCUUUGUAUUUUUCAGAAGAUGGACUACGCAGAAUAA